AUGGAAGAGUUGGCAAUGAGCGACGAAGAGCGUGAUGAUUGUCCUUGCCAACAGCUUGCAGUAAUACCUGACACUGCAAUUUGUGCAAAGUGCGACAAAUUAAUCCCGGUAUUAGCCGAAGUACAUAAAGGACACUUGCAACGGGCGAUUGACCUGGAUAUUGCUAAUAAUGCAGUUAAAGAGGAAUCUGAAAAGUUAGAGCUACAGAGUGAUGAAAUCGAGUCAUUACGGAAGAAAUUAGAAGAAUUAGAGGAUGUAAUAGAUUUGAAGACCGAUGCCUUCGAGGCUUUGCAGCGUGAUAUGGAAAUAUUAAACGAGAAAUACGUUGAUGAAAUCGAAAAGGUUGCCGAAUUACAACAUUCCAAAGACAUGGUCGAGGGGGAAUUAGAGGAGCUGAGUCGAUCAUUAUUCGAGCAAGCCAAUGGUAUGGUCGCGUCCGAAGCAAAACAACGACACGAAUUAGAAGUUCAACGUAAACAACUCGAGAAUCAACUUCGCGAAACUCAGGAACGUCUCGGAGCUGAAUCACUUCAACUCCAAGAAUUGCGACAGAGGUUAGAACAAGUCACUCAGCAGCAGCCGGAAUUAGAAAGCAAACGGUCAAGCUAUACCGAUCCGUCGUUUAGAGCAAGUAUAGAUUUUGCCGAGUUAUUUGGUCUUCGUGAGAAAGUGCCUGAAGCUGCAGCCACUCUGCCACCACCGACAGGUGAAGAUGGAACUGGCGUUGAUCAGGAGCUAUUGAGCGAGUUUAGCGAAUUUAUCGAACAAAGCCAGUCACAGCCUGUAAAAAAUCUUCAUAAAAUUCCCUUCAUGAGACAUUGUUUGGAAGAGGAUGUCGACUCGUGUAUGCGAUUUGGUAAUAACCCACGAGUAUCAGCUCGUAGGAUAGUAGAUGCUGUAGUUGCGAAUACUUGUUGUAUCGAGGAAGCCCCUCCUGACGCCGAGAAAGAGCUUGAGAAGCAUCCGAAUUCUCCCAUUAGAAACUCGGCUGCAAAAUUAGUACUCUGGGAUCGGUUUUCGAGCACUUCUACCGUAAAUCCACGAUUAUGCUGUCAGUGCUGCGGUAGACCUGGGCCGCUACCAUAUAGAUUUCGGAUAUCCGCGUUAGACGAUUGGUCUCUCAUCGAUCGAUACUGUCGUGAUCGAUUGGUUGCCGUAUGCGAAUUUUAUGUAUUCAUUAGAAACGUUCGACAAAGUCUAUAUUCCAAUCGAUCAGUGGAAGAUUUGUACGCAGAGUGUUUGAGAUUACGGUUGCAAAUGUUUUACGCUCGGCUUGGAGCAUUGCCAUCAAUGCUGCGUACACUUGGACUGAAAAGCACUGAUGUUGCACCUGCUAAGAAACCGACAAUAGAACCUCCAGAAAUGACAGAGGCCGAGCCGUCGUCACCCGCCUCCGGUCAUGUGUCUGAAUAA